AUGGUGGAGCAGAAGUUCAAUGAGGCGAUUCAACGCAUCUUUCAGCGGUGGACCACCUUGGCCCUUGCAACAGAACAAGGUUGGGGUGGUCGAGAUUCCAUUGCGAAAGGACGACAAUUGCAGGCGGAGGUGAUCGAGUAUCUCAGUGCAGCCUCCAGGAAAAAAAGACCUCCGAGCUGGGAGAAUCCUGGAGACUGCGAGGACCUGGCAUACUUUCUGUACCUUCGCCUGGACGAGUUGUUCAGUACCGAAACGGAUGAUGGUUCACCCAUGGAGGUAGCGACGCUCUGUUUGCGGCUCUUCAACAGCUGCCAGCAGGGCGAUCUGAGCUUCGCGAAUCAGGUUCUUCAGGUCUGCGACUCUGCUCCUCAGCCGGACCUCUUGAAGAGCCAGGGAUCUGAACGGAUAGAGUAUGCCACGGAGGAAGAUGAGCUGCUGGACAAGCUCGAUGGCAUGGACAUCGACGAGGAGAGCGAUGGAGAUGGAGACCCUUCCUGCGAAGCUCAGGAUGCGAACGUCUCGUCCAUGGCGGCUCACAUGGCUCACAUGGCUCAGCCAACGCAGGUGCCAACGCCGAACGAAGGAUAUUCCAAGCCACGUGAUGUCCCUGAGCCCAUUGUGGAUGAGGACGGUUUCACCUCGGUGGUCAAAGGUUCUUGCACAGAGAGCUAUGUGGACAAAGGGUUGGCCCCCGAAGGCGAGGACGAGUCAAAGGGAGAAGUGAUUCACAGCGUUUGGGAGCAUCCUUCGCCACUUACCCAGCGCACCAUGCAAACAGACAAACGCUCCAUGUGUGCGGCCAACAGCCGUCGAAGCUCUGAAUCCUUGACGCUUUCUGCACUGUUUGGUGGGACAGACCAUUGGCCAAAGCCGGAGAUUGACGGCAAUGAAGAGGAUCUCCUUCAGGAGAACUGGCUCGGCAGUGCCCGGAAACGUGGCUCCCAGGAGCGCCUGGGUGUUUGGAGUACCGGGCUGCGCGGCUGGAUGCGACGCAAGGUUGCUCGCAGCCGUUGUCGCUAUGUGUCAGAUGGUUUCGACUUGGAUCUGGCCUAUGUGACUUCGAAGAUCAUUGCUAUGGGUUUCCCUGGCAGAGGAUCUGGUGCUUGCUUCCGGAAUCCGCAGAAGGAGGUUCGGCGCUUCCUCCACUGGGCCCACCGUGGCAGCUUUCGGGUCUACAACUUGUGCGCCGAGCGCAGCUUCCGAGAGAAUGGCUUCGAAGAGACGGUGUGCUUCCCAUGCGUCGAUCAUUGCCCGCCGGACUUCGCAGACAUCUUGGCAUUUUGUCGGGAUGUUGAGGCAUGGUUGAAAGCAGACGAGCGCAAUGUGGCGGUCAUCCACUGCAAGGCUGGUAAGGGCCGGUCCGGGACUAUGAUCUCAGCAUUGCUGCUCUACGCUGGCGCGGUGCUGUCAGCCAGGGAUGCCCUGCAUUGGUUUGGACAUAUCCGUGGAGGCACCCGCGCGGGUGUCACCAUUCCCUCGCAGAUCAGGUGGAUCGCUAUGUUCGAGAUUUGGUUGGAGGGCACAGUGCAGUUGCUGAGCGAUCCAAUAGCACCGGGCUCCCUGCAGUACCGACCCUGUGCGGUGCUGUUGAGACAUUUGGCAGCCAACGAGAAAGAGCCGUUUACGCUUCAGGUGGCAUUCAUGAGCCGAAACAGCGAAAGGCUCGAGGUGAAGCACAAGUUCAGUCGCCACCUGCAAAGCAGCGACCAGGAAGUGCGUUUUGAGGGGCCCCUGUGGGAUCAGCCGGACGGCAUGAUCGUUUUGACGGUGCAGAAGGGAUGGCUGCGACGGCGACGGCUGCGUUUCAAAGCCUGGUGGCAUCACGCCUUUCUGCAUCGUCGCACCGAGGAUCAAAGGAAAAUCUUGGUACUGGACUUGCCAAAGGCAUGUGUCGAUGGCUUGCAACGCGAUGCCGUUGAACAUGUCACUGCAAAAGCCUUUUUGGACUCGCGCGUCACUCGCUGCGUCGAUGAAAUCUUCGGCAGCACAGGGUCCAAUGACUGGUGGGUCCUGUUGCCGCGCAGCACCCCCUUGGCAGCGCCGGGGUUGGUGGCCGAACGGAGGCGCUCAGUCCAGAUGCCUCAGGUGAUGGUCUCGAGGAGUUCGGGUCGACCAGUCUCAAGGGCCACCCGAAGCUCCACCGAGCACUGCGAGUGGACACCGGAACCUGCGAUUCAACGAUUGGAGACACUGCGGUGGUGCACCAAAGACUCAAGUGCAGCCGCGUGGCAAACGGUUGGACCAACAUACGACGAGGGAAUGGCCCUAGCCGUGAAGAGGAUCCGACAAUUGUAUUCCAAAGGGCCACAUCCAGGCAAAAGGCUGCGGCCGAAGUUUGAAAAAACUGCCAAGCCUUCGACAAAGGCAUCUCCAGUGGCCUCAGAAUCAGCCACGCCCAGAAGGGAUUCUGAUGCAUCGAACGCGAGUGAACAGAGCUUUUGA